AUGGAGCAGAGUCGGAUAAAACGAGAGACUUUCUCCUGUUCAAUCUGUCUGGAUCUACUGAAGGAUCCGGUGGCUACUCCCUGUGGACACAGCUACUGUAUGAACUGUAUUAAAGGUCACUGGGAUGAAGAGGAUCAGAAAAGAAUCCACACCUGCCCUCAGUGCAGAGAGACCUUCAUACCAAGGCCUGUUUUGAAGAAAAACACCAUGCUAGCAGCUUUAGUGGAGCAGCUGAAGAAGACUGGACUCCAAGCUGCUCCUGCUGACCACUGUUAUGCUGGACCUGAAGAUGUGGCCUGUGAUUUCUGCACUGGGAGAAAACUGAAAGCCAUCAAGUCCUGUUUAGUCUGUCUGGCCUCUUUCUGUGAGAAACACCUUCAGCCUCAUUUUGAUUCAGCUGCAUUUAAGAAACACAAGCUGGUGGAGCCGUCCAAGAACCUCCAGGAGAACAUCUGCUCUAAGCAUGAUAGGUUGUUGGAGAUCUUCUGCCGCACUGAUCAGAAAUGUAUCUGUUAUCUCUGCUCUAUGGAUGAACAUAAAGACCAUGAAACAGUGUCAGCUGCAGCAGAAAGGACUGAGAGGCAGAGAGAGCUGGAGGAGAGACGAGGAAACAUCCAGCAGAGAAUCCAGGACCAGGAGAAAGAUGUGAAGCUGCUUCAACAGGAGGUGGAGGCCAUCAAUCACUCUGCUGAUAAAACAGUGGAGGACAGUGAGAAGAUCUUCACCCAGCUGAUCCGUCUCCUCAAGAAAAGAAGCUCUGAGGUGAAGCAGCAGAUCAGAUCCCAGCAGAAAACUGAAGUGAGUCGAGUCAAAGAUGUUCAGGAGAAGCUGGAGCAGGAGAUCACUGAGCUGAAGAGGAAAGACGCUGAGCUGGAGCAGCUCUCACACACAGAGGAUCACAACCAGUUUCUCCUCAACUACCCCUCACUGCCAGCACUCAGUGAGUCGACACACUCAUCCAGCAUCAACAUCCGUCCUCUGAGACACUUUGAGGACGUGACAGCAGCUGUGUCAGAGUUCAGAGACAAACUACAGGACGUCCUGAGAGACUCAUGGACAAACAUUUCACUGAUGGUCACUGAGGUGGAUAUUCUACUGUCAGAACCAGAACCAAAGAGCAAAUCUGGAUUCUUAAGAUAUUCAUGUGAAAUCACUCUGGAUCCAAACACAACAAACACAGGGCUGCUACUAUCAGAGGAGAACAGGAAGGUGACAGUAAUGAAUCAAAAUCAGUCUUAUUCUAGUCAUCCAGACAGAUUCACUGUUUAUUCUCAGGUUUUGAGUAGAGAGAGUCUGACUGGACGUUGUUACUGGGAGGUGGAGUGUAGUGGGUCAGUUUAUGUAGCAGUCGCAUACAAGAGUAUCAGCAGAGCAGGAUUGGGACAUGACUGUAUUUUUGGAUAUAAUGUUAAAUCUUGGGCGUUAGAUUGUUCUCAAAACAAAUGCACAUUUUUGCACAACAGUAUCUGGACCUCCAUCUCAGGUCCAGUUUCCUCCAGAGUCGGAGUGUACCUGGAUCACUCAGCAGGUAUUCUGUCCUUCUACAGCGUCUCUGAAACCAUGACUCUCCUCCACAGAGUCCAGACCAGAUUCACUGAACCGCUACUGGCUGGAGUUUGGAUUAAUACCAGAGUAUCUUCAGCAGAGUUCUGUAAACCCAGAUAGAUUUCUUCUUUCCUCUCAGAUUUUUGAUCAGGGUUCAUGGUUCUGAUGUCUCUGCUCUGCUGUUCUGAUCUUCUUUACUUUUCCGGUUUAGUUCUUUGUGUUACAGGAGCCAGAAAGGAAAUCACUGCUGAUGAUUUAUUUCAUUCUUAUGACAGAAAUAUUUCAUAAAAAUCAAAGCUUCUCUGGACUCUAAUGGUUUUCCUUUAAUUUUUUAAUCCAUGUAUUUUGAUGUUUAUUUGUUGUUAAUUCAGUUGAGAUCAAAGUGAUCUGAACUUGCUUCUGUUUUCUAUAUUGUGAUCCAAAAAACCUGAAACAUAAAAUCAGAACUGAUGCU